AGCGAGCAGCGUUUAUCGGUUCCGCUUCGGUUAUGAUUCCAAAAAAACAGUAAUUUUUGUAUUUUUUUUAUUAGUGAUGGCGAUUUGGCACGAAUCUCAUCGCCUGAGUGCUACAUGUGCCGACCAAAGAUGAUCAGCUGUGGGUUAUAAAAGACCUGGAGACCUGCAGUAGAUCACAGCCUGAUUCGGUCCAGCGGAAGUGAUGGAGUUCAGCAUCCAGCACGUCUGGAACAGCGACCCUGUGGAUCACCAGCCGGUGAAGAUCCGCUUCUCACCUGGAGACGGAGGCCUGAGGAUGGAGGUGUGCGCUCCGUUCUUCGACGACCCACCGGCACCAGCGGGACCACCAGGACAGCCCUUCCCUGGACUCUGGGACUAUGAAGUGGUGGAGUCGUUCUUCCUCAACAGCAGCAGCGAGAAAUACCUGGAGGUUGAAGUCUGUCCACACGGACAGCACCUGGUUCUGCUGCUGAACGGAAAACAUAACGCUUUCAUGCAACAGCUUCCUCUGUCGUUCAGCGCCGUGGUAACGGGUAACAGGUGGAAGGGGGAGGCGCUCAUACCCUGGAACUACUUCCCGCCCGGCGUGGACAAGAUGAACUCGUACGCCAUCCACGGCUCUGGGAGUGGGCGGAGCUACGAGGCCCUUUACCCCGUCCCCCCGGAGGACCUCCAGCCGGGACAGGGGCCGGACUUUCACCGCCUGCAGUAUUUCAAGCCCUUCAGCCUGCAGAGCAUAAUGGGAGAAGGCUGGGUCCAGCCCGAGUCUGACCUGUGGAGGAACACCUAAAUGGUUGAUCUCGGAUCAGUUGACCUCAACGCCGCCCUGACCGGCUUUACUGGGCAGAGCUGACCUGAGAGCAGCGCAGCAGACGAUGAUGAUGAUGAUGAUGAUGAUUAGCCUAAUGAGGUUUUAAUGGCAGUUAGAUGGGCUUUAGCAUUAAACACAGCCUACAUUAAUAAUGCAGCUGUAAUCUGAGUGAUGUGUCUGGUAAUCUGAACACUGUUUAUACGUUAAUGAGCGCAAUAAACCGGCCGUUACGACCCACUCAGCACAAAUAAACAGGGCUCUGAGAUUUCCUUAAGUAAACAAGCCAAUAAAGUCCAUCACCCAG